UGCGUCUGCUUCCGUUUAACUGAAUUUGGACUCCUUCCUUUUUCCGUUUUGGAGGCGGAGGUGUGAGACAUACAUAAGGCAUAUAAACGAUAUAAAAGCCAGUCGCUCCGCCCAAGUGCUCCACAAACCAAAGUCAGUUAUGGUCGGUUGCGGGUCAAUUCGUGCGACGCUUUUGGGCCUCCGCCUCCUGCUGCCGCUCCUGCUGCCGCUCCUGCUAGCCAGGCUAGCCAGCAGCCAGCAGCUGCUCCUCGCGCGUCGAGAUCCGAGAUCCCUGUUCGAGGAGCAUCCGCUGGAGCAACUGCCGCCACUGGGCUGGAAUAGCGUGGGUGGUGGCUAUGGAGUGGGCCAGUGGGCCUACAACCCCGUUGGCCUGGGCCACAUGACCAAGGAUGAGCUGCUCACUUUGCUGGAGGCUUGGAAGGAGGUGGAGCAGGAACAGGAGCAGGAGCAGGAAAAGACGACUGCCCAGCCGGCAGAGUCCACGACGAGGAGGCCACCGCCACCACCUCCUCCUCCACCUUCUCCACCUCGCCCCAUUCCCAUUCCCAUGCCCAUACCCAUUUCUAUACCCAUGCCUGCUCCAGUUAUUCCCUCUGGAGCUCAAAUAACCGCUAGGCUACCAGCUUUUCUGCCUAUACGCCUGGCAGCCGUGUUCACUCCGCCUGGAGAUGCUGGAGCUGGUGGAACUGGUGGUGGUGCUGCAGCUGGAACAGAUGAUGCCGGGGGAGGAGGAGAUGACCUGGCCUCCGACAAUGGACCACAUGACGAUGCCUCGCCCCACCUCUUUCGCUUCAUGGCCAUGCCCAGGACCCAAUCCCAAUCCCAAUCCCAGCCCAGACAGCAGUUCGUGGUGAGAAACACCCUGGACAGCGUGGAUGCGGGCACUGCUCCAGUUCGGCAACAGGUGAAGCCGGAAGUCAGGCCCAAAGCGGUUGCAGUAUCUCCUCCAUCCUCCAUUUCCAUUCCCAGUCCCAUGCCCAUUUCCAAGGCUCCAGCUCCCUUCUUCCGCCCCAGAUUCGGUGUGCCUCCGCAUCUGGCCCAUGCCCGCUUCGAACUGGUGCCCUCCUCCCAAGUCAUCGGAGAUUGGCGGGAAUGAUGAUGGCCAUCCUGGCGAGAUACAUGCGGAUUUCACUAACCAAAAGAAAAGAACAUCUUCCGAAGGAGGCUUCCAAGCUAUUAGUCCAU